AGGCAAAGAAAAAGAGAGGGAACUCGAAUUCCAGUCCGAGAGCCACCGCCCUGCUCCGAUCCAUUCGAAAUGGGCGAUGAUGACUACGGCCACCGCACUCCGCUGUCCAAGGCGCCCCGGGCCGCUGCGCCGAAGACCCCGAUGGCCUCCCGGCUGCAGUCCCCGCCGUUCCCCCUCGGCUCCAACGACGACCAGCUCGAGCGCGCCCAGGCACGCGCUGCCGCCCGCGCCGCCUCCGUCCGACGCAGGUCCUCCGCCCCCAACGCUUCCUUCUCCUCCGGCGUGGCCAGCGACUUCAUGGACCGCAGCCAGAUCAUGGAUCUCUUUCAUAAUUGCAUCAAGCUCGCCAGCGAGAACAAAAUUAACCAGAAAAAUACAUGGGAGCUGGGCCUCAUAGAUCACCUCAGUGAGAUCAUCAGGGUUAGUCCUGAAGACGAUGAUGAGACCAAUUUCCAAAAGGCAAGUUGUACUCUGGAAGCUGGGGUGAAGAUAUACUCGAUGAGAGUUGAUUCAGUGCACUCGGAGGCAUAUAAGGUUCUUGGAGGGAUCAAUCGAGCUGGCCGAGAAGAAGAUAAUGAUAACAUGGAAACAGUUGAUACCAUUGAUACUGCACAAGCAGAUGGCCUUUCUAAGAAGGACCUGGAAAGAAAGAUGUCACCUCUGUUGACAUUGGAGUCAUCUUUCGACGUGCUUAAUUUGAAAAAGUUUGAUGUGGCAUUCGUUGUUGAUCCUCUGUAUCAUCAGACUUCUGCACAAUUUGAUGAAGGUGGAGCUAAGGGUCUUCUAUUGAACAACCUUGGAGUUUAUGGUGGUUGUCGUGUACUUUUUGAUUCAUUUGAGUACCCAGAAAAGUGCAUGUCAUCUGGAAUUGAAAAUGACCAACCUGAAUUUAUUGAUCUUUCAUUUGCUAAAGAUUACAUUGAGAAAAUGAUGAUUUAUAUGCCUGCAACAAAUGAUAUUUCACCAACACUGAGGGAUAUUGUUAAUCAGUUUGAUGAAGAUAAUCGUAGACCACCUGACAUAAAUUGUUCGGCUCAAGUGCCAUUGGUUGACGAUUAUGUACCUGAGAACAACCACAUAGAGCUGGGUGAAAUUGCAUCUGAUGAUGAUUGUGGACCUUGGAACCUUGAUCAUGAUCAUCAGUUGAGCAUAGUUGAUGACAACUCUACUAGCACAAACCUGAAUUUUACAAGCCACCAGGAGGAGGAUUUUGACUGCACCUUUGGUGGUCCUAUUGUGGAAGAAAAGUUUGAGAAAAUUGCUGAUUUCUUGUCUCUAGGCUUGGGAUUUACUUCAAAAUCAAAUGCUUGGGCAGGACCUGAUCAUUGGAAAUAUAGAAAAGUCAAAGGUACAGAACAAGUUCAACCACCGGAUACCAAUUCAGAAAUAGUAAACAGGAAGCCAAGGAACCGAAAGGAAGCUCGUGAUGUUGAUUUCACAAAAUCAUUGGAAAAUGAUAUCUCAGAUAUCUUUGCACCUCCCAAGAAUCCAAAAUCAUUAACUUUACCUGUGAACAAGGCAACAGUUGUUAUCACACUUCCAGAAGAUUGUCAUUACCGACCCGAAAGUCUUGUCAAGUUGUUUCUACUUCCCAAUGUUAUGUGUCUAGGAAAGAAAGGAAGAAAGUUUUCUGAUGAACCAAGACAAGAUGAUGAGAGCUCUGCUCAAUUAACAUCAUGGGAUAAUGAUAGCACAACAUAUGAUAACUUUGAUGAUGGGACUGCCUGUAGUGAUGCAGACGAUCCAGGGAGUCUUGUUUGUCAACCACGCCAGGUAAGGAAGGUGGAUAUUCAAUAUGAUAAGGUAUCUAAACAAGUUGAUGUUCAUGCACUGAAAGAUAUGCUCUGGAAUCAUAUACAAGAUUCGGUUCAAACCUCUAAUGUGAAACAGGAUUGUGAAGCCACAGUUUCUCUGAGGCAGGUUUUGCAACACUUUCCUACUGACUGCGCAGCAGCUGCUGCCAAGGAUAUCUCGCCACAUCUAAUUUUCAUUUGUCUGUUGCAUUUAGCUAAUGAGUACUCCCUCAGCAUCCAUGAUCAUCCUAGUUUGGAUGAACUUGAUAUACACAUUCCCUCUUCGGCACUCGUCAAGUGAUACUACCCAUCCGAAUGGUCACAGUGCACUUCCUGCUCCCAUGGCACAGGAGUAUUUGAACUGUGGAAGCUCAAGUUGUAAGAUGCUGAUGUACUAGGAGAUGAUGUUGGUGUAUGUUAGUUAGGGUUUUCCGGGUACUGGUACGUGUUGCUUGCUCAAUUUCUCUUCUUUGUUAAAGCUCCAUCUGAUGGAUGAAAAGGUUUAUAGCCUUAUGCAUUGUAUGAUAAAUUAACAUGUACAAGGUUUAUAGCCUUAUCUAUUUGCGAAGCAUUCUUAAAAAAUAUUUAAUAAUGUUUAAUUA